UAGAGGUUUUUCAGUUUCAUUGCCAACAACUGUAUCUCGGAGGAAAGACAACUGGUUCUUAUAUGAAAUGAGUUGUAAUGGAUAUGAGGAUUCCUUGUUAAAAUGUGCAAGAUCUGUAUCCACCAGCUGUAGCUCUGAGGCUGGAGUCCUGUGUUACCAAACAUUAAAUAGUACAGUUAGACUUGUCAAUGGUAGCUCGUCAGAUGAGGGACGAGUGGAGGUUCUGGUAAAUAGCCGAUGGAGACCGGUGUGUUCUUCCUACUGGGACAAUAAUGAUGCUCGUGUAGCUUGUAGGAGUCUAGGAUAUUUGGGAGGUUUUCCAGUUUCAUUGCCCACAAGUAUAAAUCGGACAAAAGAAAAUUGGUUCUUGUAUAACAUGGGUUGUAACGGAAAUGAAGAUUCCUUGCUAAAGUGUGCAAGAUCUAUAACCACCAGUUGUAACUAUGAGGCUGGAGUAAUAUGUUUCCAAACAUUAAAUAGUAAAGUAAGACUAAUGAGUGGUAGUUCUCCAGAUGAGGGACUAGUAGAGGUUCUGGUCAAUGACCAAUGGCGAGGUGUAUGCAGUAAUGGGUGGGACAAAGCUGCUGCAAGUAUGGCAUGUAGAAAUGUGGGAUAUUCAGGAGGAUUUCCGGUCUCCCCAUCGAUUUAUCUAAACAGACAGAAGAAAACAUGGUCCUUAAACAGCAUGAGUUGUAAUGGAAAUGAGGAUUCCUUGUUAAAAUGUGCAAGAUCAGGAUCCAGCAGUUGUAACUUAGCGGGAGUUAUGUGUUACUACACUGUAAAAGGCAGAGUAAGAAUUGUUGAUGGCAGCUUUCCAGAUGAAGGUCGUGUUGAGGUUUUGGUUUAUGACCGAUGGCGAAAAGUGUGCAGCACCUACUGGGACAAAAAUGACACAGAUGUUACAUGUCGGAACCUAGGGUUUUUAGGAGGUUUUCCAACCUCACUGCCAGCCAGAGAAAAGAAGAGUAAAACCAUUUGGUUCUUAGACCGCGUGAAUUGUAAUGGAGAUGAAGAUUAUUUGUUUGAAUGUACAGCCCGAGGAUCCACGACUUGUAGUUCUGGCCGAGAGGCGGGAGUUAUUUGUUAUAACCACAUAGUAAAUGGCAUUGUCAGAAUUGUUAGUGGAAGCUCUCCAAAUGAGGGCGUAGUUGAGGUAUUGAAGAAUCACCGAUGGCAAAGAGUCUCAAAGGAAGGAUGGGACAAAAGUAACGCUGAUGUGACUUGUAAAACUUUGGGAUAUUCAGGAGGAUUUCCAGUUUCAUCGCUGAUGUUUGUAGACGAUAGGGAAGAUGCGUUAAUGUUGGGUGCUAUUAACUGUGAAGGGGAUGAAGAUUUUUUAUUAAACUGUCCCAUAUCAAUCAACCCAUCCAGCAGCUAUUACAGUAGUGCAAUGGCCGCGGUGGUUUGCUACCAUACAAUAAAUGACACGAUUAGAUAUAUAAACGAAUAUUCUACACAAGAGAAGAAUGUAAUUAUACCUAAAAUAAAUAUAAAUGGGACUUGGAGAACACUUUGUAAGGUCGGACGGGAUGAUAACUAUGCAAAAGUUAUUUGCAGAAGUCUUGGUUACUCCGGAUAUGCUACCUUAACUUUGAAUGGGGAAAAUUCAAGUGCCUUUGGAGAACCCAUAGUGAACAAUAUUAGAUGUUCUGGAAGAGAAAAAAUGUUAACGGAAUGUUCAUCUGGCUUGAUUAGCCCCGGAGCUUGCAGUACCAGUGCCAGAGUGCGAAUUGAGUGUAUUUCCGGCAAUGUUAAAAGAUUCAUUAGACUUGUCAAUGGAACUUCAAGUAACAAAGGUCGUGUAGAGGUGUUUAUCAACGGGAGAUGGGGUACUGUGUGUGAUGACCACUGGGACGACAAGGAUGCACGUGUCGUGUGUAGAAGUCUGGGAUAUUCAGGAAACUCUACUGCUCAUCAAAAUGCCUAUUUUGGACAAGGAUCGGGAUAUACUUGGUUAGAUGACGUCAAAUGUCAAGGGACUGAGUCAUCCAUCUUUGACUGUAUCCAAAAUGGUUAUGGGAAAGAAGACUGUGGUCACUAUGAGGAUGCUGGUGUAACAUGCAACUAAUUUG